AUGUCUACUUUUCAAGCCCUUUAUGGCUAUGCACCACCAUCUAUUAUUCUCUACUUAUCUAGUUGCACUUCAGUAGCUUUGGUUGAUCAGCAACAAAAAAGUAGAGAUGCAUUAUUGGCCACCAUUAAGAGGAACAUGCAGUUAGCACGGUCCAGGAUGAACGGUUUCUAUGAUAAGAAACAUACUGAAAGGGAAUUUGAAGUUGAUGAUUGGGUUUAUCUUAAGCUCCAACCAUAUAAGCAGCACUCUAUGCACAAAAAUGAGUUUCACAAGUUAUCACAAAGGUAUUAUGGUUCAUUUCAAGUGAUUGAGAAGGUGAGAAAUGUUGCUUAUAAACUGAAGCUUCCAACUACUGCAAGAAUUCAUAAUGUGUUUCAUGUGUCAUUGUUGAAGAAGAAAUUAGGGAAUACUGUCUUAGUUGAGCCUCAAUUGCCUCGUAUCACGGAUCCGGAGAAUCCAAAAUGGGAACCAAUGGCUAUGCUAGAAAAAAGAAUUUUCAGGAAAAAUAGUGCUGCAACUACUUAA